AUGGCCUCGAUCUGUAUCGAAGUCAGUCUACUGAGCGGCAGAACGGCAAAGAUCAGAAAAGAAGCCCAAUGCUCCAUUGAGGAGUUCAAGCAAGAGGCCUUGGAUUCUCUAGAGAUGUGCGCCGGUGUGCUGCUGACAACUUCGGGCGAGAUGCUGUGCCAGGGAACCCUUGAGGAAGCCGGCUUGAAGGAUGGAGAUGUGGUCCUACUGCAGCAGCGGCAGGUCGACAUCUUAGAUUCCUUGGAGCUUGACUGUCAGCUCAGCUAUCGUAGAGGAGCCUCCAUACAAGCCCCCGAACGGUUCGCGAUUCUGGAGCUGCUGGCACGAGGUGCGUACGGCAUGAUGUGUUCGGCUCGCGAUGAGAUCACGGGUGAAACGGUUGCCAUCAAAAAGAUGCAAGCUUUUGAGUCGAACAUGCGAGCUGUUGAUCCUAUCCGCCACGCACGGCAUGAGUUGAAGGAGCUGAGGCUCUUGCGGCACUUCCAUCACGAGAACAUCCUUCGUGUGACAUACGUCUUCUUUCCAGGCUCGAAGUCGACUUUUCACGACCUCUACUCUGUCUCUGAGCUCAUGGAGACAGACUUGGAUGCAAUCCUCAAGAGCAAGCAGCCUCUUCUUGACCAGCAUUGCCAGUACUUUUCCUACCAAAUUCUUCGGGGGCUGAAGUUCAUGCACUCUGCUGGCGUGCUUCAUCAAGACUUGAAGCCGCGAGUGCUGCUGGUGAACCGCAACUGCGACUUAAAAAUCUCAAACCUUUCGAUGGCCGCUCUGGAUAUUGGGGAAAUAGGCGAAGGCUUCCCGCCCCGCGAAGCAUAUCCUUAUGUCGGCAACGAGUGGUAUCGAGCACCGGAGGCCCUUUGUCAUUGCAUCGGAAAUGUAUAUGGGCCUGCCAUCGAUCUCUGGGGAGUCGGAGCGAUUCUCGGCGAGAUGUUCGCACGUCGGCCCGUUUUUCCCGGAAAGUGCGUGCAGCACCAACUGACGCUGAUUGUGCAGGGCUUGGGCCCUGGGAAGGAGGAAUCAUCCCUGAGUUGGAUCAAGCAACCAGAACUUCGGGAGUUUGUGGAGUCACUCACCCCAUCGGUGGACCGCGAGGCUUUCUGCGACGCCUUGGGUCCCAUCUCGCCUAUGGCGAUGGAGCUUUUGGAUGCUCUCCUACAGUUUGAUCCUGGGCAGCGGAUUUCUGCUGAGCAGGCCUUGACCUGGACCUACUUCGGGGACUUGGCGGGCACGGACCUGCGCUGUCCGGAGGAUGAGCCUGUCUCUGCGCCGAUCGAGUUGGGUGACUUUGAGUUUCUGAGACGAAAGAUCGACUUACCUGCGCUGAGGGAGGAGAUGUUCUUGGAAGCUCUUCACUACCACCCCGAGCUGAAGCAACGCUACCUGCGGGAGCAGUCGCUGAUGGGCACCAUGCACGAAAUCGGGAAGUACGACCUGCUCACACUAGGUGAACAUUGGCCCCACUGGCUGGAUGCCGAGACUCGGUUCCGCGCAUGA